CAGCAAGGUGCAGGUAUUCUCUGACGCCUGAUUGGACAAACAAGGCCAAUCAGCUCCGAGGGGAAGGGAGGCCUCGCGGAGAAGGCAGGCGGCAGGCGGCGGGGGAGCUCGCGACGCGGCCUGAGCGCGAGACGGGGAUUAGCGCGGGAGAAGGGAGCUGGGUCUCGUCGCUCCCGGGACACCAGAGGUGAGGGCGGCGGGGGAACGUCGGCCGCGGCAACGUUCUCUUUUGGACCGCGGCGUACAAUCGCUCCGCAGGCGCGCGCCUCCGGAAGGGAGGGAGGAAGGAAGGAAGGAAGAGGAGAGAGAGCAAGGAUGCCCGCCUGGGCGCGUGGAGGAAGCUGCUGAUCAUGAGGAAGAAAGCUGAGGCGUGGAGGAGAUACUUGGAUUUCUGGCUCUGAAUCACACAUUGUAUGCAGCAUCCCGCGCUCAUUGAGAAAUGCAUGUUCCGUAAAUAAAUGCUUCACUCUUCCCGGUGCUACAUCUGUUGCUGGGGGGCUUUGAAACAAGAGAUGGCUUUGUUCUGAGAGCUCUUGCUUAUAUGUAGAAGAGCAAUCUAUAACGGAGGAAAGCUGAAUUUGAAAGAAGAUUUGGAAAUAAUGGAGGACUUCACUACCAGGACCUAUGGGACCAGAGGCCUGGACAAUAGGCCUCUCUUUGGAGAAACGUCACCAAGGGAUAGAAUAAUCAAUUUAGCUGUUGGCAGUGUAACAUCCUUGCUGCUCACAGUCACUCUAAUCAGUGCUUUUGUGUUUCCACAACUACCUCCAAAACCAGUGAAUAUAUUUUUUGCUUUCUGCAUCUCCUUGUGUAGUGUUUCGGCGGGCAUUCUUAUCUACUGGUAUCGACAAGGAGACCUGGAGCCUAAAUUUAGGAAUCUAAUUUACUACAGCUUGUUCUCUAUUGUUAUGUUAUGUAUAUGUGCCAAUCUCUACUUCCAUGAAGUAGGGAAAUGACUGAUUCAGUAUGGGCUAGAAUGCGUCAAGAUGGUUCUGGGCACUACGGUGAAAAACGCUCUCAGGAUGGAUAACUAAUCCCAAGUCAAGAAGAAUUCAUCAGCGCAAGCAUGGAACGGGUACUUGAGUCUUGAUGUCGAUGUAUGCUUUCACAGCCCAUGGUUGUGGUGGGGUGAACUAUUGCCAUAUGACAUGCCAUCUCUGCUUUGGUGGGGCGGGGGAACAAAACUACUAGUGCACUUAAUGAACAUUCCAAAUGUACACUUGUUUUUCAGAAUGGCAUGAGCUUUCUCCUUUUUGGGAAAAAUGCAUUUUUUAUUACACUGUACAAAAACUGCAGCACUGCAAAUGUCUGUACUACAGUAUAAAUAAAAAGGCAUCCUACUGCUACAGAAGACAAAAUAGGUUUCUCACUUGUAUGAAACUGAACACAGUCAUUUCUGUUCCCUCCUUAAACAAAUGUUUUUGUUAACUACAGAUUCAUUUUCACAUGAACAAACUCACAGACUGAAGACAGAACUGACUUCAGAAAGCUAAUUACAGCAAUAAAUAGUUUUUUACAUA